AUGGCAAAGGGAGCUGUACCAGGGACAUUCUUCUGGAAACCGCGUUUGGCUCUGGAUUUAUCUAUACCUACAACGCAGGCAUCAUCCGCUGUGCGUAUGCCAACCAAAGAUAACAUCCACGACGGCACGGUGGUGUUGGUGGACGGGUACGCUGCUGGCAUGACGAUUAUUUCACUAGCUGCCGGUUUGUCCAGUAGUACAGCUUACCCUCAUCUUAACCCGAUUUCUGCGUUUUUCUACACCAAUAUGUAUAGAUGGGGCUUAAGAUAUAUGAGUCUUAUCCCGCACUGGAUGGGUGGCCAUGGUGGCAAUUAUGUUGAGACUCAUAAAGUUUGGCGCCGACGAUUUUAUUACAUGGAUGAGUUUAUGCCUGAAUGGAUGAAAAAUCUAUUGGUUCAUGUUCCGCAAGAAGAAUGGGAUAAAGAGUACCUGGACUGGAAGAGAUUCAAAAAAUAUUCUGAGCCUGCUUUUGGUAAACAUUACCGCUACCCAACUAGAUCAUUUAACGAUUUUAGAUCUAUGGAAACUAUAGAGACAGAAGAGGCAAAUGAAGAAAUAUCUUCGGAGUCUGGUAUUUAAACGGAAUAUAAAGUCACAAGGUCCUUAAACAUAUUUGUUCAGUAAAGUUGCGGUACGAGGUUAGAUAUAAUAGUUAUAUUAUGACUUAACCUUAACACGUUUUUAUUAAGAAUGAAUUUAAAUCGUCAUUGUGACCAUUCACUGUAAGAGGUAGAAUUAAAGGG